AUGGUGGCAGCUCCUAUAGAUGACCAUCUGAGCCAAGACAACAGCACAUCGAACCAUACAGCAGGCCUCCUCGGGAACUCCACGCAGAACGAAUUCACGACCAUCGUUCUGCCUGUGCUUUACCUCGUCAUUUUCUUGGCAAGCAUCCUGCUGAACGGCCUAGCAGUAUGGAUUUUCUUCCACAUCAGAAAUAAAACAAGUUUUAUAUUUUACCUCAAAAACAUCGUGGUUGCAGACCUCCUCAUGACACUGACGUUCCCGUUUAAGAUAAUUCAGGACUCCCAGCUGGGACCAUGGCACUUCAACUCGUUCCUAUGCCGAUACACCACGGUUUUAUUUUACGCCAACAUGUACACUACAAUUGUGUUCCUCGGACUCAUCAGUAUUGACAGGUAUCUGAAAGUAGUGAAGCCCUUUGGAGACUCCAGGAUGUACAGCAUCACCUUCACUAAGAUCUUAUCUGCCUGUGUGUGGGUAGUUAUGGCUUUCCUCGCUUUGCCAAAUCUGAUCCUUACCAAUGGCUACCCGACCAAGAAAAACAUAGACGACUGCAUAAAACUUAAAUCACCCCUGGGAGUCAAAUGGCAUACAGCUGUCAUUUACAUCAAUACCUGCAUGUUUGUAGUGGUCCUGAUAGUACUAAUAGGAUGUUACAUUGCAAUCUCCAGGUACAUUUAUAAAUCAAGCAAGCAAUUCAUUAGCUCAUCAAGCAGAAAGCGGAAGCAUAAUCAAAGUAUAAGGGUUGUAGUGGCUGUAUUUUUCACUUGUUUUCUGCCGUACCAUUUGUGCAGAAUACCCUUUACUUUCAGUCAUCUAGACAAGCUGCUAGAUGACUCUGCACAUAAAAUCUUGUAUUAUUGUAAGGAAAUGACGCUGUUCCUCUCUGCAUGCAAUGUUUGUCUGGAUCCAAUAAUUUACUUUUUCAUGUGUAGAUCAUUCUCACGAAGGCUGUUCAGAAAAUCAAAUAUGAGAACCAGGAGCGAGAGCAUUAGGUCACUUCAGAGCGUCAGACGGUCAGAAGUGCGCAUAUACCAUGAGUACACCGAUGUCUGA